GCUUCAGUAGAGGCCAGAAAUUUACAAAAAGCUUUCAAGCUUGCCAGAAUGCAAGAAAAGAAACAUUUUUCACAACAAAAAGAAGAAGAGCUCUCCAACAACCCUUAUAUCAAAGAGAAAAAUCACGAAAUGAUUGUGAAAACAGCAAUAACUGAACCACCUAUGAUUGGUACAGAAUUAGAUAGAGAUACAAAAAUGGAGCCAGUAAUCUCUAGAACAGAGAUUACAUCUAUUAGCCCAAAUCUCCUGUCAACACUUUACAAUCAAACUAAAGUAUCAGAAAAUACUUCUCAAGCAGAGAAAUCAGAUAGUUUUACAGCG